CAGGGAAUAACAUUUGCGUGCCCCACAGACAUCAUGAAGAUUACCUCCCUACUGAUAACUAAUGCCAGAUUCAGGUGCAUCGCGCUGCUGCUAUUAUUAUGUGUGGGAUAUUCACAAGGAAUGCCACAUGUUUUAAGAUUUGGGGGGAUAUUCGAGUCGGUCGAAAGCGGGCCGUCCGGUUCUGAGGAACUCGCCUUUAAGUUUGCUUUAAACACCAUCAACAGGAACCGAACCCUGCUGCCAAACACCACGCUCACCUACGAUAUCCAAAGGAUCAACAUCCACGACAGCUUCGAAGCCUCCAGGAAAGCCUGCGACCAGCUCUCUUUGGGCGUGGCGGCCAUCUUCGGCCCGUCCCACAGCUCCUCGGCCAAUGCCGUGCAGUCGAUCUGCAAUGCGCUGGGCGUGCCCCACAUCCAGACCAAGUGGAAGCACCAGGUGUCGGACAACCGCGACUCCUACUACGUCAGCCUGUACCCCGACUUCUCCUCGCUCAGCCGGGCCAUCCUGGACCUGGUGCACUUCUUCAAGUGGAAGACCGUCACCGUGGUCUACGAUGACAGCACAGGCCUGAUCCGGCUGCAGGAGCUGAUCAAGGCUCCGUCGCGCUACAACAUCCGGUUGAAGAUCCGGCAGCUGCCGAUGGACACCAAGGACGCCAAGCCCCUGCUGAAGGAGAUGAAGAGGGGCAAGGAGUUCCACGUCAUCUUCGACUGCGGACACGAGAUGGCCGCCGGCAUUCUCAAACAGGCUCUGGCCAUGGGGAUGAUGACGGAGUAUUACCACUACAUCUUCACCACGCUGGACUUGUUUGCGCUGGACGUGGAGCCAUACCGCUACAGUGGCGUGAACAUGACGGGCUUUAGGAUCCUGAACACGGAGAGCAGCCAGGUCACCGCCAUCAUGGAGAAGUGGUCCAUGGAGAGGCUGCAGGCCCCGCCCAAGCCCGACUCCGGCCUAUUAGAUGGCUUCAUGACGACGGAUGCUGCGCUGAUGUACGACGCGGUGCACCUGGUGGCGGUGGCCGUGCAGCAGUCCUCCCAGAUCACCGUCAGCUCGCUACAGUGCACCAGACACAAACCCUGGCGCUUUGGCCAACGCUUCAUGACACUCAUCAAAGAGGCCCACUGGGACGGCUUGACCGGGAGGAUUAACUUCAACAAAACCAACGGCUUGAGGACAGACUUUGACCUCGAUGUCAUCAGCCUGAAGGAGGAUGGACUCGAGAAGAUUGGGACGUGGGACCCUUCCAGUGGCCUGAACAUGACAGAUAACCAGAAGGGGAAAUCCGCCAACAUCACUGACUCCCUGUCCAAUCGCUCGCUGGUCGUCUCCACCAUACUGGAGGAGCCGUACGUGAUGUUUAAGAAGUCGGAUAAGCCGCUGUACGGUAACGAGCGUUUCGAGGGAUACUGCAUAGACCUGCUGAGGGAGCUGUCGACCAUCUUGGGCUUCACCUACGAGGUGCGAUUGGUGGAGGACGGCCGCUACGGCGCCCAGGACGAGACCACCGGCCAAUGGAAUGGCAUGGUGCGCGAGCUCAUGGACCACAAAGCUGAUCUUGCAGUCGCUCCAUUGGCCAUCACCUACGUGCGGGAGAAGGUCAUCGACUUCUCCAAGCCCUUCAUGACGCUGGGGAUAAGUAUUCUCUACCGCAAGCCCAACGGCACCAACCCGGGAGUCUUCUCCUUCCUCAACCCGCUCUCGCCCGAUAUCUGGAUGUAUAUUCUGCUGGCUUACUUGGGUGUCAGUUGUGUGCUGUUUGUCAUAGCCAGGUUUAGCCCCUACGAGUGGUACAACCCGCACCCGUGCAACCCCGACUCGGACGUGGUGGAGAACAACUUCACCCUGCUAAAUAGUUUCUGGUUCGGAGUUGGAGCUCUCAUGCAGCAAGGCUCAGAGCUCAUGCCCAAAGCCCUCUCCACCAGGAUAGUAGGAGGUAUCUGGUGGUUCUUCACGCUCAUCAUCAUCUCCUCCUACACGGCCAACCUGGCCGCCUUCCUCACCGUCGAGAGGAUGGAGUCGCCCAUCGACUCGGCCGACGACCUGGCCAAGCAGACCAAAAUCGAGUACGGCAUAGUGGAGGACGGCUCCACCAUGACCUUCUUCAAGAAAACAAAGAUCUCCACCUACGACAAGAUGUGGGAGUUUAUGAGCAGCCGACGGCACUCGGUGAUGGUGAAGAGCAUUGAGGAGGGCAUCCAGCGCGUGCUCACCUCCGACUACGCCUUCCUCAUGGAGUCCACCACCAUCGAGUUCGUCACGCAGCGCAACUGCAACCUCACGCAGAUAGGGGGCCUCAUCGACUCCAAGGCCUACGGCGUAGGCACGCCCAUGGGCUCUCCGUAUCGGGACAAGAUCACCAUCGCCAUCCUGCAGCUUCAGGAGGAAGGCAAGCUGCACAUGAUGAAGGAGAAGUGGUGGCGCGGCAACGGUUGCCCGGAGGAGGAGAACAAGGAGGCCAGCGCUCUGGGAGUGCAGAACAUCGGCGGCAUCUUCAUCGUGCUGGCGGCCGGACUGGUGCUCUCCGUCUUCGUGGCCGUCGGCGAGUUUCUCUAUAAGUCCAAACAAAACGCACAACUGGAAAAGCGUUCCUUCUGCAGUGCCAUGGUGGACGAGUUACGGGUGUCCCUGAAGUGCCAGCGCCGGCUCAAACACAAGCCCCAGCCGCCCGUCAUGGUCAAGACGGAGGAGGUCAUCAACAUGCACACCUUCAACGACCGAAGACUGCCAGGCAAAGAAACCAUGGCCUGA